AUUAUUUUUAAAUAAUUUUGUUUCCUAAAUAGAAUUCUAACGAAUAUAAUUCACAUAACAUGGAAAUUAAUAUUGUCCGUUGAAAGUUCAUUUCUCUCAACUUUUGUCAGAAAAUACAAUAAUAAUAAAUCACAAAAAAAAGAAAAAAGAAGAACAAUCUAUGGAAAGAAAAGUUGAUAUUUCAUGGCCAUUUGAUUGUUUUGCUUUAGUGGCAACUGGAGCUACCUUAGGUGUGUUGGCUAUAUUACUUGUUUUAUUCCUAUUACUUUUGUGUCUUCCAUGGCAUAAGUGUGAUCGAUAUUGUUCUUGCUGUCGUUGUUGGCUUUUUAGUUCAAAUGAGAAUAUUCACAGACAGUCAGAUGAUGCAUUUCGUGCAGCCAGAAUGCCUGGAGAGUACCCUAUGCCAAUGUUUGACUUCAUCCCACCAUCUGCUUUGCCCAAAUUACCAAACUACGAAGAAUGUUUAAAUACUGGGCCACCAGCGAAUGAUGAAGCUCCACCUCCGCCAACUCCACUUUCUUUUUAUUCAGUUAAUUCAAAUGGUCAAUCAGCUUUACGUCUUACUAUCCACAGUCAACCCGAUUUAGUUGCUCAUAAUCGCAGUUCCCAAGCACUUGCUAGUCCUUUAUCCACACCUCCACCGACUUAUUCGUCAACGUGUUUGCAAAGGCCAUCAACGACGAGUCGAACAGGUGAAGAUACAUCUAGAAUAGUUGAGAACUCAUCUCAUACAACAUCAAGGCAAUUAUCGGUGGACCGUUAAUUAAUUGUUAUCUUAAUAUUUUUCCUCAUUACGGUUUUGUACUCGCAAAAUGAUGGAUUACCUGUCUCUCCCUGUUAUACCUUGUACCAUUCUUUCAGUUGUGGGCGUUUUGAUUUUUUCUUGUUUUAAUUACAAAUAUAGAGAUGAAAAUAUGUUUCUGUGAUCACUGAACAAUUAUGUUAAUAUACUACUACAAUUUUGGUGAGUAGUUAUAAAUCUUAGAGAUAAAAUAAUCAGUUCAGAUUUUUUUCUAGAUAUUUUUUUACCAACCUUUCACAUUCUUUCUCUUUUGAAAUAUUUGACAUAUCAAGAAUUUUCUGAUAAUAAAUAACACAAGCAUAUACUUUUCUGGUUGUCUGCUGUUAUAUAAGAAUAUUAUAUAUAUUGAUAGAUAUUUGUAUCAAACUCUUUUAUUCGUUUUAAGAAACAAUAUUUUCAAAUAUUUUCUUUAUACCAUCGGGAAACAUAUCAAAGCCAAUUUCAUAACUGUAUCUCUGCACGUGUUUAGUGGGGCUCCCUGGACAUUUUCUACUACUUGUUGUCGCUUGUCAUUAAAAUGUAAGGGAGGUUUGUCGAGGAUUUAUGCUUCAUCAAACAGAAAUCCCCAUGAAUAUCGGAUCUGUAAAUGAAAUAGUAUAGAGCAUUUACAUAGGUGGGAUCCGACAUUUAUUGAGAUUGGAUUAUUACAUCACAGGAAAACUACUGAAUAUGAAGUCUUCUCAAAGAAUGUAGUCGUUAUUUACAGGUGAAACUCUUUUAAAUACCUUCAAAGUUUAAAAACAUUUUAGGAAAAUUCCAUGGCUCCUCUUGAUAUUACGUUACGAGUAUCAAGCUGUUGCUAAGUCUCUAAACUUCAGUAACAAAAUUUUCAGUUGCAUAAGGAAUUUUAGGAUCCCAGUAUCAAAUAUAUAUAUGCUCCUCAAUUUAAAUACUUCCUCAAGAUUUUCAACACUCAAAGCUUGGUCAGAGUUACUAUCAACACGAAGGUAGACUAAUUACGAAUAUGGAUUUAAAUUCUAUAGUCUUCAGUCAGUUAUCUUCAUGACAAUAUUUACUAUGAUUGUCUAUCUUUUAAGAUGCUAGAUUAACUGUAUCAAUUAGAUUUACAGUGUACCUGUGAUAUUUCCAUGAUUAGAAAACGGACGUUUCCUUGCUUCAAACAAGUUAUAUUUUUAUGAGA